UAUGGUCCGGACCCAGCCCACCCCAGCUCAGGCUGUCAGCCGGCGCAGGCUAAUACUAGCUGAUCCCUGCGUUCAGGGAAGGCGGACCUUGGGUCGGAUCUGUCGCCUCCAAAGCCGGGGCCUGGGUGUUCCCCCCGCCCACGCCUCCCUCCCGCCUGCCGGUCGCUACCACCCUUAGCUUCUCAGACUGAGCUCCUCGUCCCGGAGAGGAUUAAAGCCCAGGAAGGCAGGGGUCUUCUGCUAAGGAUUUGGCUGUGCUGGUGGUCAUCACAUUGGUGGGAGCUACAGCCUUGGACACCCCUAACAUCAGAAGUCAGUGGGCAGGUUGACUGAGCACUGGCAGACUCCCAGCAUCAGCAUGAACUCCAGGGUCUCAGCUACUCAGAACUGGUUCAGCAGCCACCCACCCACCACAGAGCCUGACUUGGAACCUGCCACUGAAGGGUCUACCACAGAGACUAACACCCUCAGCCCAGAAACCACAAGCUUCAAUGGCACCAGAAUCCCUGAUAUGGCAGGUGGUGCAGCUGGUGUUGGUACCAUGCUUCUGUCUUUUGGGAUCAUCACAGUGAUUGGCCUGGCUGUGGCCAUGGUUUUAUACAUCAGGAAGAAGAAGAGGCUGGAGAAGCUACGCCACCAGCUCAUGCCUAUGUACAACUUUGACCCCACGGAGGAGCAAGACGAACUGGAGCAGGAGCUCCUGGAACAUGGGCGAGAUGCAGCCUCCAUGCAGGCCGCUGCCUCCCUGCAGGCCACACAGGGCAAGGGCACUCUCUCUUCCCAAGGCCCACUGCAGAGGCCUAGCAGGCUGGUGUUUACUGAUGUAGCCAAUGCCAUCCACGCGUGAGUGGCCUGAGAACAGGCCUGGACCUCUGACAAAGACACCUGCCACAGUGCCAGCAGCAUUGCCCACUUCCUGGCUGUCGAGACCUAUUCUCAGGACCUGCACCAUCGCUACCACAAGACAGGAAAGGGCUGCGAGAGACCCCAGCUGUGCUGAGGCCCUAUCCACUGACUCUCAGGCUUUGAAGAGAGAGCUCUGACCAGGCUAGCCAUCUGGCCACUGACUUCUCCUGAACCGAUGGCCCUGACGUGGAAGGCAGCCCUCAUGCAGGAAGGCUAAAAGCCACUGAUGGCUUCCUGGUCUCCUGUACAUAAACCUCGCAUCAAGGUCUGCUUCUCUGAUGGGGAGGAAGGGCACAAGCUUGAAGGGCAAGAGAGAAGAGAUAUGCUCCCCCUCUCUAGGAUUGCCUUUUUCUUUCUUUCUUUCUUCCUUUAUUCUGGAGCCUCCUCUAGGGUAGAGAGAGGCAAAUCCCCAGAUGAUAGGGACAGGGCAGGGCAGUACCUUUUGGGGAAGGUUGUUUGGUUGUUUGUUUUUUGAGGCAGGUUCUUGGCUGGCUUGGAACUUGCUGUGUAGACAAGGCUGGUCUCCAGCUCAUAGAGAUCUACCUGCCUCUGCUUCCUGAGUGCUGGGAUGAAAGGAGUACCCCACCACAUCCAGCUAACGCAGCACCAUUUAUAGGCCCAGGAGACCCAGGGACAGAGCUGGAAAUGCCCAGUAGAAAGGGCUGCAGAAACCCAGGGACUGUCCAUAGUUAGGGUAUUGGAUAUUUUGGUAAGUGGGUGAGCACAAAGUCUCUCAGCCACCUAUCACUGGCAGCCAAGGCAGCUGAGAGAGAUGCGAUUGGGAGCCUGGGUUUGGAAAGAUGCAACUCCCCCAGAUGUGGAGAAAGGUUUUUCACAUGUACACAGACAUGUACCUGUUCCAGAAUAAGAGUAAGAUGGAGGCCCUCCGCAUCAGCUCCACUUUGCAAGCUGACCCCCACCCCGUGGUAUGGAGUGGAGCAUCACCAUAGGCUGCUUCCUCUCCUUCAGUGCUCAGGGCUGCACGGAAGAAGGAAAGAGGGCUGGGUUCCUCUGUCCACUGUGUUUCUUCAGUGGGCUCCAAAAGCUGGGCUGGGCUGCUCCUGGAAAUGGCUCCCCUUCCAAUAUGGGGUUCUGGGAGAGGCCUUUGGUCUAAGGGCAGUCACAGGUCAGACUAGUAGGAAAAGUUACGGUUGCCUAGAGGGGAGUGUUCUUUGAGGAAAAGACCUAAGAAAGCAAGUCUGGUUUUAGUUUUGCCCUUCCGCCCUCUGUUCAGGAAGGGCCACUCAGUGUCGUGGACCGUGGAGGGGGGUUUCUGCCAUUGGUCUCACUCUAGUCUUGGACGCAGGAGGCUGACACCAGGGACAUCUGGGCAGAGUAAUCACAAAGAUGGGGGGCAGUUUUCUCCACUGGGACUCACACAUGAGCAUGCACAGAGGCGUGUCCCCAGCUUCGUCACCAUGGCUGUCCUCUGCUGGCUAGAGGGGAUGCGGGGGUGGUACAUGCUGUUGGGCUGACCCACAUGUCAGGAGGUGAGAGGCUAGGAGGGUCCCAUGGGGCCGGCUCCUGCCCGGAGAUGCUAUAAAUACGUUAGCGCUUGAGCAACUGGAGGGCUCUGCAUAAUUUAGGAUGCACAACGCUGUAAUUUAACUCGCAGCAUCUCCAUGUGGGAGAGCAUUAGGUGUAAUUAAGAUGUUUACACAAAGAGAAUGGAGUCUUUGACACUUGGGGUGCAAAACCCCAGGAGGGGACACAAUGGGUGAGGUGAGGCUCUGUGGGAGGCCUGGGGACAGUUACUUGGAUCCCAGUUAUGAGGUGGCAGGCAGCCCAGCUGUUUUUCUUGAUCUGUCCAUGGAAAUGCUUCAACUGGGAGAUGGGGUGACAAGGCCUGCAGUUGUGGAGAGGUCAAGAGGACAGAAUCCUGUGAGAUCAGGUCUAGAAGAGGGCUUGAUCUCCAAAGAUUGUGGAGUGCCAUAUGGUGUCUCAGGAUCCGCAGGACUUAGGCUUGAAAUACAAAAGUAAAAUGGUUUUCUAUGGAACACAAAGUAAAGGAUAUUUAGCAUGGGAUGGGAGUCGAUCAGGUUUUAUGUAUGGGACCCACCUGCGAGGCUAACAGAGAUGUAGGGGAAAAAGACACUGUGGUGACCAGUUUGCCAGAAAUGCCCCAGUGAUAAUGCUGAAAGCCCCUUAAGAGAGCUAAUGUUCAGACUAGCAUGAUGGAAAUAUGGAGGGAGUUAGCUUCCAAGUUCCCUGAUGAGGGCUGGGCUGAAGGUGGGGGCGGUGGGUCAUGGGAUAGAUCUUCAGCAAGGCUGAGAACCAUGUACUCCAUGGGUCACGCAAAUGAGUUAUGGAUGAACCUGUCAGUGAUAGAUUGGCUGUUAGGAAAGCCUCCUCGCAGAAGACUGGCCGUGCGUGGGAUGAGCAAGCGGGCUGUGUGUUCCCACAUUAUUAGUCAACCCUUGGUUCAGGGAUGGGGGAGCCGCAGAGCCCUUGGUAUCCUGAAGAAAUAAGGGUGACACCCAGGGACCAGAGAUGCUGACUGAAGUAGGAGAACCCCUGUGCCCUUUCCUUCUGCCGCAUGACCAGGCCCCUUUCCUGAAGGGUGGGCCUGGCUAAGAGACAGACACAGGCUGCUUUCUGUGAGUGGCAGGCCGCCUAUUUAUAGACUGUACCCUCACAGUAAAUUGUCCCUUCUACUCACCUUGUUCUGUUUUCUAGAUCUUUCUCCUACUCUCAGAAGAAAUCCAAAUUCCCGAAUCUCUCACAGAGUGUAGGGUUCAUAAACAUUGAGGUGAAAGGGUCUGGUGGAUGUGUUCUCCUUGUUGCCUAAGGAGACUCUCCUUGCCUCUCUCAGUGGUGAAUGGGGUAAGGCUGAUUGCCCACCAUUGCUGCUUCUAAAAUUGGCAAUUAGGCCCCUCUGAGGAAGGCCCUCCCCCUCCCUAUAAUCAAUCAGACUCUCUGUAUGUCUCUCUGUCUCUCUGUUCUCUCUCUCUCUCUCUCUCUCUCUCUCUCUCUCUCUCUCUCCCAUGCAUGAAAUCUCUCUUUAUGAAUAGCAGCCAGGGCUUCAGGUCAGAAGCAGCGGUGGCUGGCAGCGGGCGGUGUCAGGGUAGAUGUGGAUGGGCGCCUUCAAAGGAGGCUGUCUCUUGUUUAAUAUAGUGAAGUGUCACCUUGGAGCCGAAGUGAAUAGAGUAAUCCCAUUGCUCGGCUGCAGGCAGACAGUGGGGAUGCCUUCAGAAUGUAAAGGGAAGCUCCUGUUGGAGAGAGCUCAGAAACUCCUGCAGUGCUCCGACCUUCCUGGAGAUUCUUAGAAACAUUCCCUCCAGCCCAGUAGCCCAUCGGUGAG